AUGCUUUAUCACUUGACUGUAGCUUCGUUGUCGCUCCUAGCAAGGGCUUCCCUUGCGACGACGAUUCCUACCAAUGCCUUGAUACCUGCACUGGGUAAGGAAUUUAUUGACUUGAGUCAGCCCUCGGAUGAGCUGCUCUCGAUACACCAGCAGCUAAACAGGGAGAAAUUUUCGUCUCGCUCUGAAUUUCCACUCACUGUCGAUGUGUACCUGAACAUUAUUACAAGUACAAAUGAGGGUCAAGACGCUGUCAAGAAUACAACCAUUACCUGGAUGUUGGACACGCUGAAUAAUGCGUACAAGGCCGGCCAGAUCACGUUCCAGCUUCAGGAUACGGCUCGCAUUAUCAACUCAACGUGGGCGGCUAAUGAAGAUGACGAGAAUAUGCGGAGCAUCCUUCAUAAAGGUGAUAAGAGCACACUCAACCUAUACUUGGUAGAGGCUCUUAUAGACUGGAUUGGAGGAGGCAAUCGUGACACCAUAAUCAUCGGAAGCACUACUUCCCCGGAUGAGCUGCGAUUCAAGAACAGGCUAAGCCAAGACGGCGUACUACUUAACAUUGGCACACUCCCUGGAGGCAGCUUUGCAGAUAAGACCACGACUUUGAUUCAUGAAGUUGGCCAUUGGUUUGGCCUCCUGCACACAUUUCAGGGUGGCUGCACGGGAGGUGACGGCGUAGACGAUACUCCUGCCCAGGCAAAUCCGUCUUAUGAUUGUAAUACGCCGCGCAACAGCUGCCCUAACGAUCCUGACAUGGAUCCUAUCAAGAAUUUCAUGGAUUACGGGUCCGAUGCGUGCCGCUCCGAGUUUACCGAUGGCCAGAUGAAACGUAUUAAAGAAAUGUGGAACAAGUUCCGCGAUCCUGCGGUAACACUGGUCCUGGAAGAGGAUUUCUUGUACCAGAUUCGGCGAAUUUUCAAUCGCAUUCGUUUCCUUCCUAGCCUUCAGCUUGCUUUUACAGACGACGCGACUCUCAAGUGGCAGCUACUCACUCAGCUUCUAGCUGCUCAGAAGGAUCUCACUGACAAUAUUGGCAAGCCAGAUUUCGGAACACGGGUUAAGCAGCAUUUUGCUGGAUUUCGCGCGAUCCGAAAUGUCCAGUUUUCUAUGGAUAAGGAUAAGACUCUGAAACUCGAGUUGCCUUUGCAGUUUAAGGAAGCCGAGGAAGGCUUGCUUAAGAUGGCUUAG